GCGUGCAGAGGCCACACCUCAGCAAGAUGGAGCGGGUGGUCGUCAGCAUGCAGGAUCCAGACCAGGGCGUGAAGAUGCGGACCCAGCGCCUGUUCAUCGCCGUCAUUCCCCACGCGGUGGCAGGCAGCGACGUAGUGGAGUGGCUGGUCCAGAAGUUCUGCAUCUCCAAGGAGGAGGCCCUGCACCUGGGCACCCUCCUGACGCAGCAUGGCUACAUUUACCCGCUGCGUGAUCCCCGAAGCCUGGCGCUCAGGCCAGAUGAGACCCCCUACAGGUUCCAGACACCGUACUUCUGGACAAGCAUUCUGUGGCCAGCUACUGAGCUGGACUAUGCCAUCUACCUGGCCAAGAAGAACAUCCAAAAACAGGGGGCCCUGGUGAACCAUGAGAAGGAGCACUAUGACCAGCUGCACAAGAAGAUUAACCACACGUGGGACCUGGUAGUGAUGCAGGCACGAGAGCAGCUGCGGGCAGCUAAGCAGCGCAGGAAGGGGGACAGGCUGGUCAUCGCGUGCCAGGAGCAGACAUACUGGCUGGUGAACAGGCCCCCGCCCGGGGUCCUUAACGUUCUGGAACAGGGUCCAGAGAGGGGAUCUUCCAUGGCCCGUCAAAUGCAGAUGACCCAGAGCUCGGAUUUCUAUAAACAGGAGAUUGAGUGUUACAGGAAGGCGCUGGGCAGGACCCGGGUGAAGUCCUCUAUCUGCCUUGAGGCGUACCUGAAGUUCAGCAGUCAGCGUGGCCCACAUGACCCCAUCAUGUCAGGGUGUCUGCCCAGCAACCCCUGGAUCACAGAGGACAUUACCUACUGGGCCAUGAAUGCACCCACGGUGGCUGCACCCACAAAGCUCAGAGUGGAGCGAUGGGGCUUCAGCUUCCGGGAGCUCCUGGACGACCCUGUGGGGCGGGCCCACUUCAUGGACUUUCUCCUAAAGGAGUUUAGUGCGGAAAACCUCAGCUUCUGGGAGGCGUGUGAGCAGCUUCGCUUUGGUGGACAAGCCCAGAUACCCACCCUGGUGGACGCUGUGUACCAGCAAUUCUUGGCCCCCGGAGCUGCCCGAUGGGUCAACAUUGACAGCCAGACAAUGGAGCGGACCCUAGAGGGGCUGCGUGAGCCCCACCGCUAUGUUCUGGAUGACGCACAACUGCACAUCUACAUGCUCAUGAAGAAGGACUCCUACCCGAGGUUCCUGAAGUCUGACACGUAUAAGGGCCUGCUGACAGAUGCUGUGAUCCCACUAGAGACAAGGCGGAGUCCCUUCUCACCCACAGAGCAUUCCCAUUCAUGCGGAAGCCUUGCUCUCCUUCCAACCUCUGAGGAGCCCACUGCAGCCAGCAGCCCUACAGGUGGUGAUGGGAAGGCCUAGAUGGAGCUCACCUCAUUGCCUCUUGCCCUGCUGCCCCACACCGUGUGACUCUGGGGUCACACUUCCCUGAGCACUGCCGAGUCCCCAGCACUAAUGUCCCAGUGCCCAGAGGUCCUAGUCACACCACAGUAAGGCAGAAGCCUCUCACCAGAUAAACCCUCCCCUGUCCAGAAGGAAAUGAUCCAGCUGAUUCCCAGGGAGGGAGUUCAUUGGCUCAGGUUGGCUGGGGCAGGAUCCGUCACAGGAAGAAGGGUGAGGCCAAGGCCCCUCAGAUCACUGGCAUUCUGUGGUCUUCAGUUCAGCAUUGGGUGUCAUUUAAGUUAGUCAGGUACACACACUUUUCAUGUGAAGAGGAACCAAAGGUCUAGGGGUACCCUGCCUGUUCAGGAGAGCUGUCACCACCCCCGUGACCCUAUUUCAACUGAGGACAGGUUGAGUGUCUUCUCACUCAGCAGACUGUGCCAGCAGGUACCACCUUCACCUGUUGCACAUGGUGUCCUUUUCCAUCUGGCCCUUGCUUCUAUACCAGAUUUGUACAUAGGUGACUCCAUGUUGUUGGCUUGACCAUGAUGCUCCCACUCGUGUGGUGGAGCUGGUACACAGUGUUCCUGUCCAAGCCAUCCUUUGUGCCACUGUCAUGAUUCCCCCUCCCUGAAGUGCUCCCUGCCAUCAUGCCAGAAGUAGA